UGCUGCUGCCGCCGGUGAACACGGAGAGCUGUGUCCCUGCGCCUUUAAGGCUGCAUGUGGUCUACAGCUCAGUGCUCCCAUGGCAGGCUCUGUAGGUGCACGCUUUCAAAGUUUGACUGGGGAAUAGAGGUAACAGUGGAGACGGCAGCAAGCCAGCGUCGCCCCGCCGGGAAACAAGAAGACACAAGGCAAUCAGCAUCAUCUGAGGGCGCCGGAGGAGAGGAGGGGACGCAGGGGGGGGAGAAGAGCGGCAGCGGCGGAGAAGGACAGCAGCUUGUGUCCGGCGUUAAGAACAAUGGGGAGAAAUGACUGAGCGGAUUUUCGAUUUGUAGAGAUGGAAAACACAAGAAGGUUAAUGUAACACUGUGUUUGGUGGAAGCAGCGAGUCCGGGCUGCUCACCCUCUCAACCAUGCCGCUUGUGUUCCGCACGCUGUUGUUCGCCUUUGUAACGCUGCUGGUUGUGGUUUUGAUCAUAGAUGAUAUUGCAGAAGUGGAGGAAGAAACUGCAAAUAAUGGACAUUCAAAGAAGAUGAACUUGCACCGACUCAUCCCUAAACCGCACAGAGAAGCACAUGUGGACCCGACUGUUUCGGCAAGAUCGAGCAAAGACUUAAGUCUUCCCAGUCCGAGCUAUAAUAACACCAAGCUCUCGUCAAACAGAUGGACCUUCAACAAGACCCUCUCCAACCUCAUCAGGAAAAAUAUUCUAAGAUUUCUUGAUCCAGAGAGAGACAUCUCUAUUCUGAAGGGCACACUGAAACCAGGAGAUAUCAUCCAUUAUGUUUUUGAUCGCCACAGCACCACAAACAUCUCAGAGAAUCUCUACCGUCUUCUGCCAACCGUGUCCCCCAUGAAAAACCAACAUCACAGGCGCUGUGCCAUUGUGGGAAAUUCUGGGAUCCUGCUCAAUAGCAGCUGUGGACCCGAGAUUGACUCUCACGACUUUGUUAUCAGGUGUAAUCUGGCACCAGUGGAGGAAUACCAUCAGGACGUAGGCCAGCGUACCAACUUGGUGACUAUGAACCCUUCAGUGGUGCAGCGGGCUUUCCAAGACCUGGUCAGCGAAGAGUGGAGGAAUCGCUUCUUGCACCGGCUCCAAAGCCUCAGCGGCAGCGUUCUGUGGAUCCCGGCCUUCAUGGCCAAGGGGGGAGAGGAGCGGGUGGAGUGGGCCCUUCGUCUCAUCCUGCUGCACACUGUGGAUGUGCGCACCGCCUUUCCCUCACUGCGGCUACUACACGCCGUCAGAGGGUAUUGGCUAACCAACAAUGUCCACAUCAAGCGUCCGACCACCGGUCUCCUCAUGUAUACGAUGGCCACUCGCUUCUGUGAGGAGAUCCAUCUUUAUGGGUUUUGGCCCUUCCCGCUCAACCCGCAUGGCCAACCGGUCAAGUACCACUAUUAUGAUACUCUAAAGUAUGAGUACACAUCCAGCUCAAGCCCUCACACCAUGCCUUUGGAGUUCAGGACCUUGAGUGCAUUGCACAGACAGGGGGCGCUCCGGCUCCACACUGGGAUCUGUGAUGCAGAGAGGAGACCACAGAAGGAGCUCCAGCGCAAAUAAUCUUCCUGGAAAGCACUUUUUUGACCAAGGAGACAUUGUACAAAAGGUUUACUGGUUAUCUUACUUUUAUGAAACUAGAAUGAACUUAUUUUCACUAAUUGGAAUGACCUUUUUUCUAUUUCAAGCUCUUUUAGUGACUUGUUUCACUGGUUUCCUUUACCUUUUAAUGAGAUUUCUACAGAAACCUUUAAAAUAAUGAGACCCUUUUUGUUCAGCUGGUGUAACCCAACUGUUAAUGGAAAUCAUGUCAUGUCCAGCUGCUGGCCCCUUAUUUUCCUUAAACAGCCAACUUUAAGCUGUCAAGGUCAGGUUUCCAGUAAGUUAUGGAUUAAGGGUACAGAACGCAUGUUUAUGUUUUUUAAAUUAAUCAUGGGAUGGCAUAAAUGAAUGCUCCCGGUUCAUUGUAUGAUAGGGCUCAUUUAAUAGUGAGUAGCUUAGCCAGCAUGUCAACAGCGCAAAGAGCUGUUGAAUUAAUGGCUGUUGUGAGUCACUGGUUGGGCCACAAGAUGGAAGCACUUAAUAAUCAGGGAGAGUGAUGUUAAAAGAAACAACUACUGUUCAAACAUUAGAUUUUAAUAUGAUGAACCCUUUUGAUUGUUAGACAUUAAGGUAAUACUCAAACUUGUGGUUAGAUAGACAAGAUUGUAUGCUUUUGUAGCUUCUUAUAAAGCACAUCAGCUGGUGUUCAUAGUCAAACAGGUAGAAAUUCAAGUAGUCCAGGCAGACCAGAACUGCCAUGUGCUAACAUUCGGUUACCUUGAGAGCCAAAUGAAGGAGUGGAAGCAUGUUGAAAUGUAUUCAUCUUCAGGGAGGUUAAUAAAGGAGUGUACCAGCUGUUCACAUAAGAAUGUUUACACAGACUCUGCAGACAGUAAACUCACUUUGUUAACUUUUCUCAAGGAGCACCAGCCCUGUUUCUGCACUGCAAAUGUUGGUGGUGGGAGGUCAGGGAGUAGUUGUGUUGUGGUAGUAAGAAAAGCUUUGCUUUGUAUUUUUAAUGAAUGUAUUGGUGAUAUUCUCAGAAACGUGAGGAAUAGGCCCCAUAAUGUGCUUUAAAUGAAUCCAGUUAGCAAUAGUUUAGAUGAAGCUGAUCAUUUGAAUGCCUUUAUUCACUUGAGAGAAUGUACUCGCAUAGUGUGUUUGGGUUUGUGUUCAGCCAGUAUAGGCAGAUACAGAUAUUUGUGGAUUUGAUUGAAGCUGCCAGUAUUUUGUGCCUAUAAUCAAUAAAUUUGAUUAUUUAAACUGGACUAUUUGCAUACCCAGAAAUAAAAAGGGCUUUAUCCAGGUUAUACUUAGCAGGAUGAGAAUAAUGAAGAUGAUUGUUUCAUAGGGUCGCUUCUGAAACCCAUUGGAGACUGGUUAAGCCAUGGAAGAAACUCAAUAUUAGUUAAGACCAACACUAGAUUUAUUUGUUAAACAAACAUGUUUGAUUCUAGUUUGAACUAUAUUUGUGCAGCUCGGUAAAAGACUUGAAGUUCAAUUCAAAACUUUUGUUU